GAUGACCAAACAGGGAUGCGAUGCGCCAGUCGGCUAGAUCGAGAACCUUUGAUUGACAAGCGCAGCAUAGAGCCGAAGGACGUUCUCAUCAGCAAGCUGGUCAUGGAGCACCUCCGGCCCAGCCACGUAGGAAAAUCGGAUGCCGUCUGGGUCGCAUUCCUCUUAUUCGUCUCUGGGAACGCGACGAUGGUUAACAUGAUCGCGCUUGGGAGGGAAGAUGUCACAAGUUAGAGCACAGCAGGGCAUUGGAGAAUUCA